GAAGAAGAAGAAAACGAAUCGUGGAAACGCGGCAAAUCUUGUUUGCGGAAGUCAGGACUGUGGCGGCCGCGAGCGAUUCUUCCGAAAAGACGGAGGUGAAACGGCUCGUCCGCCCCCCGUCCCGCUGCUCCCCGUCCCGCUGCUCCUCCGUCCCGCUGCCCCCCGUCCCGCUGCUCCCCGUCCCGCUGCCCCGUCCCGUCGGAGCGAGCUGCUGGAAGGUGUGAUCGGCCGGUCCGGGCUGAGCGGCCCCGCAGGUCUGUGGAAACACCUUCAGCUUUUUAACAAACUCAGACAAACAGCUCCCGGACACCUGGCGGAGCUGCGCGGAGACCCGCAAGACCCGCAAGACCCGCAUGCAAAACCUCCGUUCAAAACGCCGUCACUUUCUCGCCUCCUCGCUUUUCUGUAAACUUCCACUGAGCUGCAGCAGAACCCGGAGAGCCGGACUCUGUGCGGGCUCACUGAAGUGGUCUCACUUCACCGAAACCACAGCUUCACCUCCACAGGUGGGAUGGACCCGGAGGUGGUCAUCCUGGAGUUCCUGGUCCCCGUGGAGAACAACAAGACCCUGCUGGUGUGGGACAUCCAGCCGUCCCACACCGAGGCCUUCAUCCAGGAGUCUCUGUCCCGGGUCUUCUCGUCCUUCGGGCCGCUCUACCUGGUGCGGGUCCGUCCCAACGCCCCGCUGGCCCCUGCUGGCUUUUACGCCCUCAUCAAGUUCUACAGCGCCGCCCACGCCGCCCGAGCCCAGCGCCGCACGGACGGACGCUCGCUGUUCCAGAGCACGCCGCUCAAGGUGAGACUCAGUACCAAGCAGACUCCCUCCCACCUGUUAAACCCCGGCAGCAGCCGCCCACUGAGCCACGCCCACUGCCUGGAACUGGCCAAUCACUGCCUGGGAUUCAAUGGCUGGUCCACGCGCAUCAUCACUCUGAAGGAGCUCAGCAGUGAGGAGGAGGAAGAGGAGGAGGAGGAAGGUGGGAGGAGGAAGGUGUGUUUUGGCUGCCAGGUGGAGCUGAUCUUCCCUCAGCAGAGACAGACAGCUAGAGGAGCUGCUGUGCUGCAAGACAGCUGCUGUGAGCCCGGUGAGUCCUCCCUGCAGAGGAGGUGUAAGCUGCAGAGGCGGGUCAAAGAGAAAGCUGUGGUCCAGGCCUUCAGCUCAGUGCUGCUCAUACUGCUGGGUGAUGGGAGGGUCCUGGUGGAGGUGAGACAGGACAGAGAUCAGACUGGUGUCCUGCCUGAUCAGACUGGAGUCCUGCAGGUAAACGAACUGUCGUGGAGUGAGGUUCUCCCUGAGGAGGGGGAGGAGGAGGAGGAGGAGGAGGAGGGGUGUGACCUGACUGUGUACUAGAGACAGAGAGGAUUGUGGGUAGUUUUGUUUUUUCACCAAACAGUCCACUAGAGGGGGUUUGUUGCCGGGGUAACAGUUACCCCGGUGAAGAGUCCCACGGCAACCAAUAGAGCGCAGCCAGCGACGCAUUACAGGAACUGUCGACGUCUCUGGCCAAUCAGAUCGCUUGGUGGACUCGCAGUGUUUGGUGUUGUCACGUUGCCAUGGAGACACGGCGGCAGCUGUCAGUCAGAGCGUCCCGCCCUCCCGGCGCCACCUGGAGCGCCGUGGUUCCGUCUGAUCUGCUAGACAGACAGGUCGGGACACCUGCCUCUCUGCGCUCCACUCUGAUUGGCCGCUGGACGUCUGACACACCUCACCUGUCCUCCUGGUCCCACCUGGGCUUCGGGACGACAUGAAUGUGAGCAUGUAGGGGUGAACAUGUGCCAGUGAUGUGAUUGGCUGUUGGUGGCUGACAUCAGCAGCGUAGCGGCGCCUUCGAGUGACGUUCGCUUCAGAGUCUGUGGUGUGUUCAGGAGACGGUGGGAAUAAUGAGUUACACCAGAAGCUUUGUGGUUUUUUUUUACUAACAUGAAGGCAAAGAGACGGCAAAUAUCCAAAAAUACUUUAAUUGAUAUGAAGAGCACAGAGUUCACUGACAGUUCACAGAACAACAGCCUCGCGCUGCCUUCAAGUGCUGCUGGGAAUACUGAACAUUCAUGCUAGUUGUUUUGAGUAUACAAUAACAAUGAUAAUAAAUGAACAGUAUGUAAGCUUUCA